CAGAUGACCCUUCUCUAUGUUAUCAUCAAAUUUCAGAUCUCUGCAUUCAGUUUCUAAGCCACUCUUAAACCCUUCUCCCCUUUAUUCAUCUUGUUCCUCUCUUCACACGCGUUCGCUUCCUCCUUCCGAAGCAAAAAGCCCCCCCACCAACUGUAACAAAACAUCCGCUUUGUUUCCCCAUAACCCACUUCUCUCAAUCCUACAGAAAUCCAAAUGUUUGCACCAACUAAAACAAAUCCAAUCCCAAAUGACAAUCAAUGGCUUAAUGUCGGAUUGGUUCUUUUCCAGCCGCCUUAUCGCUUUCUGCGCCUUGUCAGAACACAAAAACCUUGACCAUUGCUUCAAAAUUCUCUACAGUCUGCAAAACCCAAAUAUUUUUUCGUGGAAUGUUACUAUUAGAGGCUGUGCCGAGAGUGAAAACCCCAUCGAAGCUGUUUUUGUUUAUAAGCGGAUGCUUAGGGAUAAUGGGUGUACUAGGCCGGAUAAUUAUACUUACCCUUCUUUGAUUAAAGUUUGCUCCUUUUUGAUGUUGAAAUAUUUGGGGUUUGAGAUUCUUGGCCAUGUUCUGAAAUUGGGUUUUGAUGCAGAUAUGUAUGUUCACAAUGGGGUGAUUCACUUUUUGGUGUUGUCUGGGGAAUUGGAGUUUGCAGCUAAGGUGUUUGAUGAAAGUUGUGUGAGAGAUUUGGUUUCUUGGAAUUCUUUGAUUAAUGGCUAUGUUAGGAGUGGGAGAGCGAAGGAGGCAAUAGGACUUUAUAGGAAAAUGCAAGAGGAGCGAGUCGAGCCUGAUCAGGUGACGAUGAUUGGGAUGGUUUCUUCAUGUGCACAGUUGGGAAAUUUGAAACUAGGGAGAUAUUUUCAUAAGUAUAUUGAAGAUCAUGGAUUGAAUUUGACAGUUCCACUGUCUAAUGCACUCAUGGACAUGUAUAUUAAGUGUGGGAGUCUUGAGAGAGCACAAAGGAUAUUCGAUAACAUGGAGAAGAAAACGAUUGUUUCUUGUACUACAAUGAUCGUUGGAUAUACUAGAUUUGGGCUUUUGGAUGCUGCUAGGAAGCUUUUAGACGAGAUGCCUGAGAAGGACGUUGUACCAUGGAAUGCGAUAAUCGGGGGUUACAUUCAAGCCAAACGCAGUAAGGAGGCUUUGGCUUUGUUUCAUGAAAUGCAGGAUGGCGGUAUGGAUCCGGAUGAGGUUACCAUGGUUCAUUGUUUAUCUGCAUGCUCACAACUUGCCCUCGAUAUCGGAAUUUGGAUUCAUCAUUAUAUCGAAAAGCACAGAUUUCAUUUAAAUGUUGUGUUGGGGACUGCUCUAAUUGACAUGUAUGCUAAAUCUGGGAACAUCAAAAAGGCUCUUCAGGUUUUCCAUGAAAUGCCAUCUAGGAAUUCCUUGACUUGGACAUCAAUUAUCGGAGGUUUGGCUCUUCACGGAAAUGCAAGUGACGCCCUAUCUUAUUUCUCGGAGAUGAUUGAAGUCGGUUUGAGGCCAGAUGAGGUUACCUUUCUCGGGGUUUUGUCAGCUUGUUGUCACGGUGGUUUGGUGGAAGAGGGUCGUACAUGCUUCAUCCAGAUGACAUCUAAGUUCAAUCUGUCUCCUCAGCUUAAGCACUAUUCGUGUAUGGUGGACCUUCUCGGUAGGGCUGGGCUUUUGGAUGAAGCCGAAGGGCUUAUCAAGAGCAUGACAAUUGAGCCUGAUGCCGUGGUGUGGGGAGCAUUGUUCUUUGCAUGUCGAAUGCAUGGAGAUUUUCUAAUGGGAGAAAGAGCUGCUUUAAAACUUCUGGAACUUGACCCUCAUGAUAGUGGCAUUUAUGUACUGCUUGCCAACAUGUAUGGGGAUGCAAAUAUGUGGGAAGAAGCAAGAAAAGUUAGGAAGAUGAUGAGAGAAAGGGGAGUAGAGAAGACCCCUGGUUGUAGCUCAAUCGAGGUCAAUGGUACUGUUUUUGAGUUCAUUGUUAGAGAUAAGUCUCACCCUGAAUCGGAACGGAUAUACGAUUGCUUAAUUCUGCUAACACGACAAUCAGAGUUUUCCGAAUUGAUGUGUAGUCUUCCUAAAUGUUACAACGACUUUGUCAUAAGCUUUGGAACAUGAAACCCCAAGGCCUGAUUCCAUGGAGAUUAGGCCUGCUAAA